AUUAAUAUUGAUGCAUUGUUACCAGCAUUGCACCAGCUAAUAUUGAAACGUUGGAUUUCUAUAGCCCAAUGGUAUAGCCACCGAUUAACCCACCCGCAAGAUCGCGCUCUGUGGUGCUACGGAGUUCAAUGGUCACGCGACGCACACUGCUCGCGCAGCCUAGAACGUCCCACAUACUCGCGCGACAUCAACAACAAUGGCAAACGGCAAACCUUAGUCUGUUUUGGUAGGGAAUUUCUGAUUGGAGCGAGUCGGUCCGAAAGCUUAGUCGCUGCGUUCGUGUAUUAUUUCUUUUUUUUGAAUUGGAGAGUUUUAUUUUUAGACAAGUGUUCGUCUAUUGCUAUAUAUAUAUAUUUAUAUAUAUAUAUAUAUAACGUUUUCAAUUUUUAAUUUUGAAAAUGUGCGAGGCGCUGUUGGCAACCUCACACAGUCUGUGCAUGUGUGUCCCUGCUGCUUUUCUGCUGGGCUACGGCUACUAACCUAGCUGCUUUUCACUCGGUAGUUAGCUAGCGUUAGCCUGGCCGCGUUUAUUAACUUGAGGCGAAAAACACAAGCAAAUGUAAAGCGUGUUUGUGCGGUCUGUUUUAUGACAACAACCCUUUACUAUUUUCUAGUCGUUGCUGUCAGGUACGGUAAGACGUGUUGCAUGAUUUGUCGUAGAAUAUACUUUGCUGGCUAGCUAACAGGCUAGCUAUUUGUGUGUAGUCUUCGACUGAGGAAAACGGCGAGUUUUCUUUAAAAGUAUGGAUGACCAGACCAGGAUGCUGACUGGUCUCACCGGACUCGGUGGACUAGCACAAGCCGAUGUUGGUGACCCAGACUCGGUCAGAAAACAGCAGUCCCUUGGUCAACCUCAACAAGACAUAGGGGAUAUCUUACAGCAAAUAAUGGCCAUCACCGACGAAAGCCUGGACGAAGCACAGGCCAGAUGCUGGCCAGAGGAAUCGCCGGCGCAUUGGGGUGGAUCAGACGACCCCACAGAGGGAGGGAGAGCAGGGGGGGGCAUGGCAGGGGGUGGCCUGCCACUCAACUUCCAGCACAGGAAGCAUGCCCUGAACUGUCACAGAAUGAAGCCAGCCCUCUUCAGCGUUCUCUGUGAGAUCAAAGAGAAGACGGUGCUGAGUAUACGAGGUGUGCAGGAGGAGGACCCCCCAGAUCCCCAGAUCAUGCGAUUGGACAACAUGCUGCUAGCAGAGGGUGUGUCAGGACCAGAGAAGGGUGGAGGAUCAGCUGCAGCGGCUGCAGCUGCAGCAGCAGCAGGGGGUUCACCUACUGACAGCAGCAUCGAACACUCCGACUACAGAGCCAAGCUUGCCCAAAUCCGCCAGAUCUAUCACUCAGAGCUGGAGAAGUACGAGCAGGCCUGUAGUGAGUUCACCAACCAUGUAAUGAACCUGCUGAGAGAGCAGUCUCGCACACGGCCCAUCUCUCCCAAAGAGAUUGAGCGCAUGGUGGCCAUCAUCCACCGCAAGUUUAGCUCCAUUCAGAUGCAACUCAAACAGAGCACCUGUGAGGCUGUCAUGAUUCUGCGCUCACGCUUCCUUGACGCCAGACGUAAGAGGCGCAACUUCAACAAGCAAGCUACAGAGGUGUUGAACGAGUAUUUCUACUCCCACCUGUCUAACCCUUACCCAAGUGAGGAAGCCAAGGAGGAACUGGCCAAAAAGUGUGGGAUCACUGUGUCUCAGGUCUCUAAUUGGUUUGGCAACAAGAGAAUACGCUACAAGAAGAACAUUGGUAAGUUCCAGGAGGAAGCGAACCUCUACGCAGUUAAAACAGCGGUGGAUGCUGCCAAUGUGUCUGCACAGGCUAGCCAGGCUAACUCUCCAGCAACGCCCAACUCAGGGUCACCGGGGUCAUACAGUUUGUCACACACAGGCAACGCCUACCUCGGCCUGCGUUCGCUCAACGGGGAGGGUCUCAACAUGGCGCCCUCUCUACAGCCGCAGGUGGAUACCCUGCACCGUGCUACACACCUGACGGGCGGCUAUGAGGAGCUGUCUGGUAGUGGCCUCUACACCCCUCAUCGCCUGGAUGCUAACAGCUGGCAGGACACCACCAACCCCCCUUCGGUCACCUCUCCUCCCGGUCCUCCUGGUAGCGUCCACUCCGACACCUCCAACUGAUUCGGUGGCUCUCCCUGCCAUCACUUCAUUCCCGCUGCGGUCUGCUCUGACUACCAUCCUCUGUCUUCAUGUUUCACUUCUCCCUUGUCUCUCAACUAGACAGCCACACAAGGUUGUGAUCACAUUUCAUAAACACACACUGUGCUGGAACACAGGACAGCCGAACAAGAGGAGUUCUCCCUUCAUCCCCCAACUUCACUUCAAUGCUAGAAGGUCCUUAACUCAGAAUAAAUGAGGGAUGGAGCUUACUGAUGCUGACACAGAUAGAAAACAUCUAUAAUAUCAAGGACUUUUUGCAAACAAAAAACAAAAAAACAC